AUGCUUCUUGUUAACACUCCUUUUGAUGGAAGAGGAUAUGGGGGUUGGAGAAGGGGAAUGCUCAUAGCUUUGUCUGCUAAGAACACAGUAGGACUCAUUGAUGGAAUAUUUCUUCAGCCCAAAAUCUCUUCUGAUGACUUCAAGUCUUGGACCCGUUGUAAUGACAUGGUCAUUUCUUGGUUAUUAAACUCUCUUUCCAAAGCAAUAGCAGAGAGUGUUCUGUACACCAAGACCGCCAAGGAAAUCUUGGAUGAGCUUGAAGAAAGGUUUGGUCAGAGUAGUGGACCACAACUUUAUCACCUACAAAAGGAGAUCAGUGAGUCAACACAAGGAAAUUUGGACAUAGCAGGAUACUAUACUAAGCUGAAAAAGUUGUGGGAUGAAUUGGACAGUCUGGAUGUAUGCCAACACUGUACCUGUGACUGCAGUUGUGGUGGUAAACUCAAAAACUACAAAUCUCAACAGGAUAGCAGACUCAUUCAGUUCCUUAUGGGACUGAAUGACACUUAUGCAGCAGCUAGAAGCAAUCUACUUCUGCUAUCUCUUUUGCCUUCACUGAGUCAUGCCUACUCCUUGCUUAUCAGGGAUGAGAAGCAAAGAGAAGUACAUAUCUCUCAUCAUCCAGCUGAAAGUGCCUUUGUUGCAGCUCAACGGUCCUAUGGAGGACAAAAAGUCACACCUGCUAAGAAGUUCAACAUGGAAACAAAGAAGGGAACUAAGUUUUGCAACUAUUGCAAGAAGCAAAAUCAUACCAUUGAAAACUGUUAUAGAUUGAUUGGUUUUACCUCAGAUUUUAAGUUUACCAUAUCCAAAAGAUUCAAUGAGCACAGAGCAAUGCAGCAGUUUCCAUGGAAACAUCAGAUACUCAGCCAAAUAGUGCAGGAGACCAACCCAUGA